AUGUACUUCAGCUCUUUGUUCCCGUACGUGGUGCUGAUCUGCUUCCUGGUGCGGGCUCUGCUCCUGAAGGGCUCCAUCGACGGGAUCCGACACAUGUUCACACCAAAGCUGGAGAUCAUGUUGGAGCCCAAAGUGUGGCGCGAGGCGGCCACGCAGGUCUUCUUCGCUCUGGGCCUCGGCUUCGGAGGCGUCAUCGCCUUCUCCAGCUACAACAAGCGGGACAACAACUGCCACUUCGAUGCCGUCUUGGUGUCUUUUAUCAACUUCUUCACCUCCGUGCUGGCCACCCUGGUGGUUUUUGCCGUGCUGGGCUUUAAAGCCAACAUAAUGAACGCCAAAUGCAUCUCUCUAAACACCCAAAGGAUUGUGUCGUUGUUGGGGAACGAGAUUGAACACAGCCUGAUCCCUCACCACAUCAACCUGACUCAGGGCAGCGAGGUGAGCAGCGAGGACUACGAUCAGAUGAUUGAGAUCAUCAAGAGGGUGAAGGAGGACCAGUUCGGCUCGCUGGGUCUGGAGGCCUGCAGCAUCGAGGGCGAGCUCAAUAAGGCGGUCCAAGGAACAGGUUUGGCCUUCAUCGCCUUCACGGAGGCCAUGACACAUUUCCCCGCCUCGCCCUUCUGGUCCGUCAUGUUCUUCCUGAUGCUGGUGAACCUCGGGCUGGGCAGCAUGUUCGGCACCAUCGAAGGCAUCCUCACCCCGCUGAUAGACACCUUCAAAGUCCGCAAGGAAUUUCUUACAGGUUAG